GCGGCUCCGGGGUGGCGCGGUGGCGCACUGUGCGCGCCGAGCAGGCGGAGGGCUAGCGCCCGCGGCGGCGGUGCGGGCAAAGCCAACAGCGGCUCCAUUUCAGCACCAGUAGUCCCGGCGGCCUUGGCGGAGGGGACCUUUUUCUGUCUCCUCUGUUCCUCCCUCCACGCCUGGGGCAAGCACGGCGGCCGUCCCGGAAGAGGCGACUGGAAGAUAGUAGAACCAGACCUCCGAGAGAGGGCGGAGGGGCUCGAAGAGUUGGUGGGCGUGAGGCAGAUACUCAGGCGAAGAGGACACUAUCGCUGUUGUCCCUUUUACUGGUCCCAGCGAUGGGGGAGCAGCGGGAGCCGCGGGAACUUUGAAGGCAGCGGGUCCCAGGGUAUGAAGGCUACCAGCUCCCGGAGACUCCGGAGUCUCAGCCCCAAGGUCCGUGGCGGAAACGUCUGCCCACCCGCCUGGGCCCCAGCACCGCCAGAGAGGAAGUUCUCUGCAACUUCGUCCGAGACGUCGGAGAGCCGGGUAGAAAGAGGCUGAGGCAGCAAGCCCGAGUCCCAGAGACUCAGAGAAGCAGAGAGAAAAAGGAUCCGGUGGAGAUCAAGAAGUCGAGGAGAGACUCCCGAGGCAGCGAGGCCGCGGAACCAGCCUGGCAGCCCGCGGGCCUCGCCGCCCCCUGAGUAAAGCCAAGGGCCGAGUGUCCUGCAGGCCUCCUCAAAGCCGCUCCUCUCCGAGGUCACGGGCGCCUGGCCGUCCCGGAGACGGGCCCCUACGCUAUGCCCCCGAGGCUGCAGGCGCCUUGGCAGCAGCUACCCCGAAUCGUGUCCGGAGCCGCCGCCUGAGCCAGCCGGGGAGGAAAGCCGCCAGGAGUUGGGCGCCCCUCAUCCAGCCGGACUGCACCGGCGCGGUUUCCCGCCUCUAGGCGCAGAUCUCGGCGGUCUCCGGCAGCGCGGCUCUGAGAGAAGCCCCGAGGCUUCAGCAGUGUUUUCUGAGUCCAGCUCACACGGUGCCCGGCCUGGCGGCGCGGCUCCUGAGCCGCGCUGGGCAGCCCCUUGGCGCCGGGAGGCGGCGGCGUGGGCCGGCCUGCAGUCUGGAGCGCCCCGAUGGAAAUACACUGUAAGCACGACCCGUUUGCAUCCAUGCAUAGACAUGGAGGAGUGAAUCAGCUUGGGGGGGUUUUUGUGAACGGACGGCCACUCCCGGAUGUCGUCCGCCAAAGGAUAGUGGAACUUGCUCAUCAAGGUGUCAGGCCCUGCGACAUCUCCAGGCAGCUUCGGGUCAGCCAUGGCUGUGUCAGCAAAAUCCUCGGCAGGUACUACGAGACAGGGAGCAUCAAGCCGGGGGUAAUUGGAGGAUCCAAACCAAAGGUCGCCACGCCCAAAGUGGUGGAAAAAAUAGCUGAGUACAAACGCCAAAAUCCCACUAUGUUUGCCUGGGAGAUCAGGGACCGGCUGCUGUCAGAACGAGUGUGUGACAAUGACACGGUGCCCAGUGUCAGUUCCAUCAACAGGAUCAUCCGGACAAAAGUACAGCAGCCACCCAACCAGCCAGUCCCAGCUUCCAGUCACAGCAUUGUGUCCACGGGCUCCGUGACGCAGGUGUCCUCGGUCAGCACGGACUCCGCUGGCUCUUCGUACUCCAUCAGCGGCAUCCUGGGCAUCACAUCCCCCAGUGCUGACACCAACAAGCGUAAGAGAGAUGAAGGUAUUCAGGAGUCCCCGGUGCCGAACGGCCACUCCCUGCCGGGCAGAGAUUUCCUCCGGAAGCAGAUGCGGGGAGACCUGUUCACGCAGCAGCAGCUGGAGGUGCUGGACCGCGUGUUUGAGAGGCAGCACUACUCGGACAUCUUUACCACCACGGAGCCCAUCAAGCCCGAGCAGACCCCUGAGUAUUCAGCCAUGGCCUCACUGGCUGGAGGGCUGGACGACAUGAAGGCCAACCUGACCAGCCCCACCCCUGCUGAUAUCGGAAGCAGCGUGCCUGGGCCGCAGACCUACCCCCUUGUGACAGGCCGAGACUUGGCGAGCACAACCCUUCCCGGGUACCCUCCGCACGUCCCCCCCGCCGGACAGGGCAGCUACUCAGCACCGACGCUGACAGGGAUGGUGCCUGGGAGUGAGUUUUCCGGGAGCCCCUACAGCCACCCUCAGUAUCCCUCCUACAACGACUCCUGGAGGUUCCCCAACCCGGGGCUGCUCGGCUCCCCGUACUAUUACAGCGCUGCUGCCCGAGGAGCUGCCCCACCGGCAGCCGCCACUGCCUACGACCGUCACUGACCCUCGGAGCCAGGCAGACGCCAAGCACUUAUGACACAUAUCACCGAGGGCGACAGCCUGCCAGCCCCCUCCAAAGACAGCCAGAGGGGCCCAACGAGACCAUCCCCCAGCGAGCUCCCACUCUCCUGAAAUUCUGCCUCCCUUUCCCUGCCAGGGACUUGGGGUUCUACAGUAUGGGUGCUGGACUUCUAGACACCUGUCCAUUUCUAAGAGUCAGUUGCUGAGCUUCUCCCAACAGCGAUGAGGCUUCCACGAACCAACAGACUGUUCUGCACAUUACCGCAGCCCAGCCAGCCUGCCAGUGCCCCGGCUGUCUGACCAUCCGCCCGUCUUCCCGCCCCAGGCCUGGGACGGAGACCUUGCUUUUGUCAUUUCAACAGCACCUGUGUAAAUACCUUCUUGCUUUCUAUCUGGGCCCGAGGGUCCAGCCGAGCAGACUGCUCACGGCUAUGCAUCCGGCACUCCCGGUGCGCCACAGGAGGUCUUGGACCUGUGCGCAGAGCACCCCCUCUGCCCUGGGUGCCCCCGCAGGUGGGCACGGAGCCGUCCAUGGGACUGAGGAUGUCCACCUCAGGGCCUCAGCCUCCUGCUCUUCGCUACUUCUUUGACGUUUGGACUGGGACUCUCACCGGACUGGUAUGCUCCAAGCCCCCUCCCGUCCCCCCAGCUGAGACUCCUCCCCAGGAGAAAUACACUUUAGGGAGGUACCCUGGCUUCCUGCUCCAUUUCCCUGGACCCAUGCAGUGCGAACAGCCCAUUUCCAUAUGUCAAACAGCUCAAAGAACCGUCUGGGAGAUCCCUCAACUGCUGUUCUGAAGUAAGAUGCCCCAGGUACUGGCUGCGUUGUGGACUUGGAACGCCAGGACUGGAUGGGACCCAGGAGAUCAUGGUCCAAGGUGGGGCCUGCGGCCCUCCUGACCCCCCAGUCCUUGGAAGCCCCGGCCUGAGCUGGCAUGUGUUUUCCGAGGCAUCCCCAGGCUCUGGUCCCUUUGGACACCCGCCGUGGGCACUGCCUCUGCCCUGGAGGACCCAGCAAGUGGUUCUGGGAAGCCUGUUCUGCCACGUAGACAACGAUGAGCAAAGAGGGCUCUGCCUGCACCGGAGACGCACACACCUGCGGCCGUCCGCCUCAACGUCUGGAGCAGCCCUUCCCCGCCCUCGAGGAGCCUCGAGCGCCCGCCGCUGGGACUGGAGGAGCCGGGGUGGGGGCAGAUACCGACCUUCAAAUGCUGGGUAUCUACCUGUUGCUACAAGGGACCAUAAUGGUCAGGGCCAUGGCCAAGGGCCACUGGAGCUUGGAGGUGGAGUUGUAGAACUCAGAGUGGGCGGGAGUGGGUGGAAAACAGCCAGCCGGGGAGGGUACCGAGGAAGACCUCCUGGGAGAGGGACAGGGUGGGCAGGGAGGAACUGGCAGGUGAACCGGGAGUGGUUUUGAGAUAAGGGGGCCAGGAACCACCAGCUCUUUGCCUAGGGCCUCAAUCCCUUGCAUAGUCUCUCUUGACAACGCAGAACAGCCAGGUGGAGGCUCUGUCUAACUCUGGGAUGAGUUGUAGCAAUGCCAGUGGGCUUUGCGUUUCAUGGGACAAUGUCCCCCAUGUCUGCAUGUCACCAGGCUGGCAGAGAGCUGGAGCAGAGAGAGUCCGCACGUGAAGUUAUUGGCCCCGCAGGGUCCCAUCCUGGCUGCACCUCUGCCUUGCCAUGGGACCUCAGACAAGACUCUUCCCGUCUCCGAGGCUCAGGGCAGGGCCCUCCGACAACUCUCUCCUUCCUCCCUCUCUCACAGGGAGCUGGGGCAGGCCCUCCACGCUGAGCAGGCGUAUGCAGGUGGGCACCUGAGUCCCGCUAAUAUUCAGACCAAGUGGGAAACAAGAACACCCAGAGAGGUGGAAAUCAGUCUUGAGGAAGACCUAGUCCAGCUCCCCUCAAGGGACACUGAGGCUCGGCUGGAGGACCACCCCGGGAGACAGAGCAGGCCUCCUCUGGCCACCACCAAGUGUUCCCUCCCCAGCACCCCUGUAAGGUGGUGGGACAGAGAGGAAACUGAGGCUCAGCAAAGUGGAGUCCCCAGGCAGUGAAUGGCAGAGGUGGGGCUGGGACUUGGCCCCUGACACCUGGCUUGUGGCGAUCCUCCCAUCCCUGGGGAGGGAAGUUGACGGUGAGGGCAGUAGGAGAUAGUUCUCAGCCUACUGCCACAGACGGGACGGCCUAGGGCAGUUAGAGCUGCUGAGGGAGCCCGGUCUCCCAGGGUGGAGGUGGACCCCAUAAGCUCACUGCAGGCACACCACCACCCCAGAAACUGCCGGAUGGAACCGUUCUAGCCUCCACCUGCCAGGCAAGAUAGCAGGCAGUAGGGCAGCUGCCCCCCCACCGCCGCCCGCCUCCCUUCUGAAGGACGUGGUGGGGUGGGGUCUGCUGCACAGACCUCUCGACCUCUUGUGUCCUUGGGUCCUAAUCCCUCCUGUGGUCUCAGGCUGUGCAUUGGAGGUCAGCCUUCCCUGAACUGGCUGCCUAAGGCUCAACCGUCCUUCCUCAGCAAAACCCACCUGGCCCCACCAGCGCCCUUCUACCCAUCCCGUUCCUCCUCGGCGCUGAGGGGAGCUCCCUCUACACCUUUCCUCUCCCCCCUGAGGCUCUGCGGGUCCUCAGACUGUGUUUGUAUUCAUUAGACAGCCACUGGUUUCUUGGCUGCCGGGCAGAAGCACAAGAGCACAUGGUGCACAUGCAUGUUCUCACACUCACAACCGCUCUCACCCACGGAGUCCCCACGCUGCCCAGUGGGGCUGCCUGGGAGCUCGGAGAGAAGGGUUCCGAAGGACACAGUCGCUGAUGCCAGAGGAUUCUAGAUGGAAAACACAAGGCCAGGGCUUGCACCAGCAUCGUGGCAGGAGGCCUGGGACGUUUCUCCAGGGGCCUUUAGCCCCACGUUCUAGCUCUGACUUUUUGGAAAGGACAUUGUGGAUUUUAUGAAACUUUCUGGUACCGUAGUCCAGCUCCAACUCGGAGCAUUCUGAUGACAUAUCAAACCCGGCGGCCCUUUCCCAAGGCGCCUUAGUUCGGGUUAGCCCCUCGCAACCGACGUUCACAUGGUGCUUUGAGGUCUCUGACCACCCCCCGGGGCCGUCAUGAUGCUCGUGUACAGACGGGACAUGGGAGAUUUAGGGCUCACAGGGCAAAGUGGAGGUGAAGUGAAUUUUUAGAUCUCUGGGCCCAAUUCUCUCAACGAAAUUGUGCUUCUGUUCUGGGAGAAUGCAGCUUAAAGACACUCCCUGCCACCCCCGAGGAACCGCCCAGACCCGCAGUGAGCAAGGAAAGAACAGGGAGCCAGAGGCUGGCCCGACGGAGGAGCCUGGGGUUGGAGGUGUUGCUGGUCCAGCCUGAUUCUCAUGAAUACCAAAGUCAACCCAAAAAGCCUUUGCCCAGACUCACAGCAGCCCUCCUGACUCACCCAGACCCCCUGCCUGCUGGCUCUGGGGCUCACAGGGGACUGACCGGAGCUUGUCCAAGGCGACCCCACAGGCCUGCCAGGGCCUGGACAUGGGCCCAGCUCUUGACUCCCAGGGUCGAGGCCUCCAGGGUCACGAGAUGCCUGCUCAUGCUUUUCUUUAUCCUUUUUGCUGCGGGUCAGACUCCAGGCCUGGCAGUGACGAUACACAGGAGUCCCCAGGCAGAGUCAUCGGGGCCAUCGGGGUGCCCACAGGCCUGGGAGACACAGAUCACCAUCCCAAAGGCCCUGACCUCACUGCUUCCCGGGCCAGGCAGGUGGAGUCAGCUUGUAACUUGAGCGGGACACGAGUCAGCAUGGGCGGCGGGACCCAAGACCCAAAGGCUGUGUGCCCCUUCCAAUGGCAUUCAAGUGUAAAAGCUUUUGCCAUGCUCUGUCCACCAAAACUCAUGUGCCUGUGGGCCACUGGUCACCAGCUUGUGACCUCAGCCUUUGUCCAACGCCCCCUUGCUUCUUUUCCUCGCCUUUCUUCACAAAUGUGGGGGCAACGGGAGCUCAGGCCGUUGUCCAGCCCCUGGUCCCUGUCUUCCUCCCUCCCCAUCCUGGGCUCUUGUACACAGUUUGGGCUUGAGGGUCGGUGAGGUCAAACGUCAGAGGUGGAGGGGUGAGGGGACUGUUGGCUUUGAGGGCAGAUCAGUGCUGCUGGGGCCUUUCCCGUGCGUGGGGAGGAGCCCCAGAUGUGACCACAGGGCACCGAGGGGUGAAAUCCUUUUAUGAGAAGUCACAACCCAGAGCAACUGCCCUGCCUUUGGCAGCCCCUGGCACCAGCCACCCCCUUCUGCAUGACAUUUCAGCUAGACUUUAGCUCCUAGCCAUGAGGAGCAAAUCUUGAACAAACCAAGCACUCCUGACAAAUACCUGGAAACAAGGUGUGUAUGAGGCACAGCUGCCCCGAGGGUAGAGGAAAACCCAGGCCCCUGUAGGCCAGGCCCAGGCUGGAGCGGGCGGAUCCCACCGCACCCUGAGCUGGGCCAGCUCCCCGGUGGCCCUACUAAGCGGCCGACUCGGCAGUCUCGGACUUGCCGCCCAUCUGGGAACCUGCCGAGGAUGGUUCCCAGGCAUGCGCACCAGUGCUCCUGGGGAAUUUAUUCCUUUAGUUCUUUCGUCCUGGGAGAGGUCCAAGGCACAUGCUUUUCCUCAAAGGCAACAAAAUGCUUUAUUGGAAAGUUGGACAGUCAGGCCAUGACUCCUAGCCAGCGGUCUGCCCCACCUCCCUGCAGCCCUUUCAGCCCCUUGUCCCCUUCUGUCCCCAUACCUCAGGAUUCCCUCUUACAUAUCCAUGGUGGAGACUCAGUGUUGAUCCACACUUCCCUACUGUCAGCUCCUGCCUCCAGAGUGUCGGCCAGGUCCCCAGGGCACGGCAGAGGACUGGAAGCAAGUCCCUUGCCUGCUGCCCUGACGAGGGGUGAUGCUUCUCUGACAUGGCUGCUUGUGGGGAGCAGGCAGGCACCAGCCUUCCUUUCAUCUGCUGUAACUUCUCAGCACUGGGGUCCUGUUCCUCGCCCCUGAGAAUCAAAGGGGACCGCGGGGUUCUAGAGUUGCAGGCCACGUGCUCCCAAGGGGGCCAUCUCAAGUUGGGGGUUAGAAUCACCGCCAUCCAGUGAGCCUGGGUGUUCUCCUUCUCACAUCUUAGACUCCUGAGAGGGUCAGGGAGAAAAUGCAGCUAUGUGUCUGUUACCGAGGGAAUCUCCGUGCAUUCUGCGAUGGCGCAGGUCUCGGGUAGUGUGCUUAGCCUAUGGGCAGGACUCUGCCCGUCGUUGUGUGGGGCAGCUCUGGCCAAGGCCCAAGCAGGGAAGCAUGGGGAACAGCGGGGGAGUCGAGCGCCCCUCCCUGACCCUGCAGCCUGGCUGCAGGGGCCUGAGUUGCAGUCUCCUCAAACCCAAUCACUCUAUCCUGAGACUGGGGAUGCUGGGCCGCCCUUAUUUCCUAAAUCACGACGCUUGUCACCACGUCCCUCAUUGUCUCCAAAAGCACCAUUAAGAACAAGUGAUUUGGGAUGAUGGAUUUUUGAUUUACACACGGCGCAUUUCCCUCGGAGUGGAACAGAAAGGAAACCAUUUAAUGGCUCCCUUAUUUUCAAGCCUGAAUACAUUUUAAUGAAACUAUUUUAUUGUACUCGAGGAAAUGGAGAGUUGAACAGUCCAACCAAUCAAUAGCCAAUUAAUUGCCAUAAAACUAAAACUAAAAUAAAUAAGUCCCGAGUGUAUUUGAAACUCCCUGCAAAGCUCCAAGCCUCCCGCUCUGGCCUUCCCCUCCAUCCGCGCACAGGAGCGUGUGCGCAUGCGCACGUGCCCCCCCCCCCCCCCCCCGCCCCAUGUCAGACGUACUUGGAAUUAAAGCGCUGAGUUUCCUCCUGUCAGUUCUUGCCUGCCGCCCUCUGCCUUUGGUUAGAGAAAGUGAGCAGACCUGGCAGCAGCCCAUCCCAGGGCUCAGGAAGAGGCAGGCCCGACCCCUGGUCCCGAGCCGCCAGCACAGCGUGGGGUAGUGGAUACUGAGGGCCCCGCUUCUUGGCUCCAGCUGCUGGGCCUCCAAGUUCGGGCGGAGGGUGGAAAUCCGAUCAGGGUUCCGCCCUGACUCUUACUGGAAGAUGCUGCCCUGGUGUUUCACCCUCUAGUGGCCUUUGGACAUUGAGUAUUUAUAGAAAUGCAGAUUACAUUGCCAUGGAACUCUUUGCCAGGAAGACAUCAAAGAAAUAUGUAUCUACUGUAUCCGCCAAAGUUUGUGAUGCCUGCAUAGAAGCUUACUUGUAAAAAAAAAUUUAAAAAGUACAAAAAAACAAGAAC